GACCUAAAAGGAACUGACGGACAAAUACAAUCGAAUGGAUUAAAAGACCUCGUAACCUUUACAAAAAUACUCUAAAACUAAUUCCAUAUCCAGGGGUAGUUUCGCCAACUAAAAUGGAAAAAUAUCCCAAAAAGAGCACAAACUUCCCUCCUCCGCCUCCCUCCGGUCGCCAUUAGACGAUUCUUUCAGAAGAUAGCUUGCUAUUCUGAAUUAACCAGGAAUGUUCGUUUCAAGGAUUUUUUCUCGGAUUUCGAGAAACGUUUCGAUUCACGCCCGAGGCGUCCUCGUCUCUUCUCGCCACGACCAGUUACCGGUUUUGCCCAAUAGUUUUCAUUCUCUCCGUGAAUCAAUUGACAAGUGUUUCCCAAGUCAGGCUACUUGGCUUCCUUCAGCCCUUAAUACGUUACUGACUCAGCAAUUUGGUAUCUCUUCCUCUGCUUCUCCUCAACCAAAUGAAAAUGAGACUAACCAGUCUGGAGAUGAACAUGCACAUGACACCCCUGUAAAUGCUGAGGCCACAAAGACAAGUGAAGAUACUAAAGCACCAGAGAAAAUGGAAGGAACAGGUUCUAGUUCAGAACAUAAAUCUCCUGCCUCUGAAUCUGUCAAGAGGAGGAGGAGAGUAACUAAACGUACUGCAUUUUCUGAUUCAGAUGAUGAAAAGGAACCCUCUUUUGAUGAUUUGGUAAAACUUGUUGCCGAGAAGGAAGAACAGUUGAAGGCGAAGCACAAGGAGAUUGAAAAAAUGCAAGAUAAAGUUCUCCGUACUUAUGCAGAAAUGGAAAAUGUAAUGGAUAGAACAAAACGUGAAGCAGAGAACUCUAAAAAAUUUUCUAUACAGAGCUUUGCAAAGAGCCUUUUAGAUGUUGCAGACAACCUUGGAAGGGCUUCCUCAGUUGUCAAAGAUAGCUUCUCAAAGAUUGAUGCAUCCAAAGACACCGUUGGAGCUGUACCACUUCUGAAAACACUUCUGGAAGGUGUUGAGAUGACUGAUAAGCAGCUUGUAGAGGUGUUUAGAAAGUUUGGAGUGGAGAAGUUUGAUUCAAUGAAUGAGCAGUUGGAUCCACAUAGGCAUAAUGCAGUCUUCCAAAUACCUGAUAGUUCUAAGCCUCCUGGCACUGUGGCUGCAGUUCUGAAGCCUGGAUACAUGCUCUAUGAUCGGGUAAUUCGGCCAGCUGAGGUUGGUGUUACUCGGUCUUUGGACAGUGGAGCUGGUGAAAAUGCUGAAGCCUGAAAGUUGAAACGUGGUCAAUUUACUCCCCCCCAGUCAUCCAGUUCUCAUUGCCAUAUACAUGUUUGGUCGAGAGCCCUGUGUAAUUCCAUGAGUAAGAGAAGGAAUUAUAGUGAUCUGAACUAGAUUGGUUGUAGGGACUGUUUCCAGUGCAUGUCUGAGACAAAUUUUCCCUACACCAUUUGUUUAUUCACAUAUUAUUGUGCGAGAGAGGGUCCGAAGAAGGUUUUGAAUCUUGAAAUCAAUUUUAAGCCAAAUUUAAUUUGCCAUGAUGGCAUCAAGUUGAAUAUCUA